CAGCUCCUUCGCGAGAUGAUUCUCUUCAUUUUGCGGUAAUGAGACACAGGACUACUUACGACGAAGAUGCUACCCCCAAACGCUUUCGCCCCUCGUCCGUAUCGGUUCGUCGACAAGCGAGGCAAUCGGACGACGGUGACUCGCAAGAGUGCGCCUGCUAGGAUAGCCUCACUGCCUCAAAUAUCUCUUCAGCUUUCCGAACAUGCCGCCGCUCCAGCACAAAUUCGAAGCUCAAGGAAGCGAUUUUCUCUCAGUCCGGUCGCGACCUCUGAUGCAGCAGCUUCAAAACGUCCCCGCAAACACCGGGCAUUAGAGUUUGAGAGCUCGGUUUCCAGCGAUGAUAAAUCGGACUCAGAUUCUAGCUACAACAGUUUCAUUGUGUCUCUCCGGAAGAAGGACUUGCUUCGUUUAGACGCUUCACUAGCUGUUGUCGACCCCCUUGACCGCGCAUAUUCAGGCCGAAGCGCAAUACCCAGUCCAACACUGAAAGCUUCGUACCACAGUCAAGCAACUACCUACCGUGUCUUGAAAUCGCAUUACGAAGGCAACUUAUUCGAAAGCAGUAGAUUAAAUGCGCAGCUUAUCAUAGGGCCGAGCAAGAGACCCGGUCAAGUCGAGUUCUUCAAACCGCUGUUCAGGUGGGUGCAUGUGGAGAACCCGGAGAUGCAUUUUGGAGCAUUUAUGGAGUACGUUGCCCGAUGCCCAUACAUCAAGGAGUCGGAGCGAGAUAGUGUCAGCUCCAUACUUAGGACCGCCCGUGAGAAAUCGGAUAUAUCUCUUCGAAUGCCUCCGGGUAUGAGUGGAAGCUACAUCGAACCAGAGUAUUUCGAGGAAACCAUCGAAUUCACCAUUUAUCAACUACCCCGGUCGAAGCACACUAGAAAAGAGGUAGUGCGAUGGAUUGCAAUUCCCUACUUCUAUCUCCUUCCAGCCUUGUUACCAAAUAGCAACGCCGAUGAUGACAUUGAGCAGGCUCCUCGAUUUGCUAAGAGCGGAUGUGUCGGCAGAGGAGGCUUUUUUCAAGUAGCCCAAUAUUGGUGCUUGAUCCUUGGAGAUAGCUUUAUGGUGUCUUGUGCUCGAAUACCCAUUUCCAACAUUCCAAAAAACCUCGUCACUCUCAACCAUAUACCUCCCGCGGAUCCGGCUAGACCUCUUACCGGCGAUCGAGCGCCAGUCCUUCAAGUGACCGACGGCGGACUCAGGCUCUGGCUGUUGCCUGUUGAGGAAUGUGAGACAUGGUCCACAUUCGUGUCUCACUUCAUCAGUCUCGGGUUCUCACUUGUCGAUGGUUGGCAAGUGAAAUAUCGGGAUGUUGUUCUGGAACCCAAUGACUGGACAAUGGUUAUAACUAUGGCCAAGAAAUCACCAACGAAGCUCGAACUUUGCAGGAGGUUGGUAAGCGACGACGACGAGAGCGACGAGGAUGGCUAUACAUCUGCGGAUGAUGAGUCUUCGCGCCAUCCUUCUCAGUCAAUGAGCGCAAGCUCUUCACUCUGGCAAAGAGACGAGCAGACACAAACGGAGGCAUCACAUCCGCCCGCACGAUCUAUGCUUGCUUCAGAGAGCGACACGCUUCCGACACUGGAUGGGUCUGGUGCAAGUCCAGUCUUGCACGUGGACGAUUUCCAUGUCUUCACUUUGUUAGCCACGGUUCCGAUGCUAUCUUCAUCCGGUUGCUUACCGACUGAAGAAGGAGGUCCAUCAUCCCCUGCGCCGCGAUAUAAGAUUGACAAGCAGCAACUGGAACUUGACCUUGCUGAACUUGACCGAUACCUUUCGAGCAUCAAUUCGCGCCCUGCUGAGAGUCUGAGCUAUGCUGAAUGUCCAGCUAAGAGCAUGUACGAUGUGGAGCAUUCCUGCUCCAGGUUGGAUCCUUCAGACCGAGAAGAGUAUCUUCUCAAGAGGGCUUUGGUGAGGGCCGCGAGCGACAUAUUUGAGCUCUUUUUCCCUUUACGAUACGAGCACGUGGUCACUCUGAAGUUCUGGGGGAGCAUCGAUCGCAUAAUCCAAACAAGAGGCAUGAGAAGCGGCCAUCUCCAUUUCGAACAAAUGGUCAAGGAAGUGUCACAGCUGGCUAGGCUAGUCAAAGAGGUCAAGUCUGAGAUCUUCUCGGAUAAGCAAGUUUCGGAGUUUAUCACCACUGUGCCACACGAAUUUAUUCAAGCCUGGAUACUAGUGCAGAUGUACUUUACUUGCCUUCCUACGGAGUCAUCCCACAGAUCGGCAAACCAUAUUCGUCGAUGCAAAGACAGGCUUCUCCAAGGACGCAUCAAAAUGAUCGAGCGUCUUCAGACUAUGGAUAUCCGCGAACGCGAGGCAGUGCUGCCACUCGGCGUGACUCUCCUACUUCUAGGCCAACUCCUUCACGACAGUCAGGGGCCUCUUACUCCCGAACGACACCGCCUGGCCUCCGCGUACUGGACAUACCUCAAGAACUUCAAAGCCGAGGUCUACGACAAGCCGCUGAGCCGCAAGUACGAGGAGACCUUCACAACGCUUAAGUCGGAGUUCGAAACUAUCAUGGGGACUCUGGAGGAUCAGCAGCGCGUACUGAUUGCGCUAGAAGACAGCAUUAACGAAGCGGAGAUGCAUUCUUUCGCCUACAGUUCGUCGAUAUCGAAGAAGAUCGCGAUGGACCCCAGUCGUGAGUCCUCCGUGACGGAAUACUUGCUGCAUCAAACGGAGGAGAUGCUGCAAAACUUCGGUGAGAUGGCACGGCGUCUCAAUGAGCUCGAGAAGUACCACUUCCUCUGUUUGUCUAUGGACAACGAUAUGCAGCAGAAGGCCUCAUUCGCAUUUACUACAGUCACGGUGUUCUUCCUGCCCCUAACAACACUCACCGGUAUUCUUGGGAUGAACACUAGCGAUAUUCGAAACAUGAGCGGCGGUCAAUGGCUCUUCUGGGCUGUUGCUAUACCGCUCGCUAUCUUCUGUUUGUCAACAUGGUUCAUAUACCUGGGAAGUUUUGAGAAGAUGUGGAGGUGGAGUCAAAAGAGAAGACGGCUGGCAAAGAAGAAGCAAGCAUAGCUUGCGCGAAGCGUGCAUCGGCCUGACUGUAGUGCAAACUACUAUCGGCCCGAACCAUAUCGGGAAGUUCAAGUACAGGACAUGCAUAGAGUUGUGACGCGGAACUAUUCCGCACACCUUCUACACAACCCUUGAUUCUCUC